AAUAAACUGAUAACGCACUGUCUCGUGAAUGCCCGAUGGACUGAAAAUACCAUCAUUCCCUGAUUCAUUUCUAACCAGAUUUCAAAGUACCGUGUAAACUAACACAGGAAAUCCUUAAUCGACCGUGACCUAUUAGAGAAUACGUAAAUAUUGUGUAAUCGUUUCACCGCUCCGCUGCGUCAACGGAACUCGACAAUUACACAUCACUUACACACAUCAUAUGAUCCCGGCUAUCAAUAAUUUGUCGAAGUUCUGUGUCCGUCACCUUUCAACUGGUCUUAUUCGCAUGGCAGAUUCUAGCAUUGCACAGUUGAGAGUCUCAUACAGGGACAAGAGCGAUGUCUUGCUCGAAGACAACUUGGAAUCGAAAAACCCGCAUCAGUUGUUUUCCAUAUGGUUCAAAAAAGCUUCGGAACGGGAUGACGUGAGACAGCCAAAUGCCGCUUGUUUAGCCACAGCUACCAAGUCUGGUAUUCCGUCGGCUAGAUUCGUUUUACUUAAAGCUUUCGAUGAAUCUGGAUUCACGUUCUUCACAAACUCAGAAAGCCGUAAAGGCCGAGAACUUGAGGAAAACCCAGUUGCGGCAUUGACAAUAUACUGGGAUGCGUUGGAUCGAUCAGUACGUAUCGAAGGAGCCGUAGAAAAAAUCAGCGAGGCUGAGUCUACGGAGUAUUUCGACACGAGACCAAAGAGCAGCCAGAUUGGUGCGCACGUGAGUCGCCAAAGCACAGUGAUUGCCAGCAGGGAGGUGCUGUCUGAACUGAACGCAAAACUCGAGAACGAGUACAUGGACAAACCAGUACCUAGGCCGCUGUACUGGAAUGGCUACAAAAUAAUUCCAAGGACAAUAGAAUUUUGGCAAGGCCAAAGUGACAGGCUGCACGAUCGCAUUGUUUUUGAACGAGCCGAGUAUUCGCGCGAAAAGCCAAACGUCUAUCACUUGGGUGAAAAUGGUUGGGUAUUUUACAGACUUUCUCCGUAAUGCGAUUGCAGAAUACUGCGUGGUCUUUCUAGGAAUAGUUAUAUUUUCAUAUUAUGUUUAUGUACAAUAAUUGUACUAUAAUUAUUAUAGUAUGAUUUAAUCAUGUUCUUAUAGUCUUAAAAUAUGGAUAACAAUGUUAUACUGCGUUUAUUAUAUGCAUUUAUAAAAAAAUAACUUUUUUAUAGUUCCGCAACCAAACGCAUGUGUCGUCCAUGAAUACGUUAAAAUAAAUUAUGUUCUGGGAUUUCAAAAUAUGUACGGGUCUUAUCUUGUAUUUAUCAUUUAUAUAACAUUAUUGUACAUUUCAACUUAUAUUAUUAAAAAAUGUAUCCGUUUUUUUUUUC